AUGGCGAAGAGCACAUGGGCGCUCAUCUGCCACCUCCACGCCAUUGCAGGGCCGAGCCUGACCCUGAUAUACCCGCUGUACGCGUCGAUCUGCGCGAUGGAGAGCACGUCCAAGCUGGACGACGGCCAGUGGCUGGCCUACUGGAUAAUCUACUCCUUCAUCGCCCUCUUCGAAAUGGCAGCCGAGCAAGUCCUCUACUGGAUACCGCUGUGGUACGAGGUGAAGCUGCUAUUCGUGGCGUGGCUGGUGCUGCCGCAGUUCAGGGGCGCCUCCUUCAUCUACGAGAAGUUCGUCAGGGAGCAGAUCAGGAAGCACGGGCUGAUGCUGCACGAGCACCACGGCCACGAUGCCGGCCACGGGUCGCACGUCCUCAAGGCUGAGCAUGGCGUGCACUGA